UAUAGAUGCAAUAACUGAAAAAUAUGAAAAGAUAUUGAUAUUGUUGGAGAAAAAGACAAGGUCGUGUAAUCUUCACCCAUUUUUCAAGUUUUAGUUUUGAAGAUGUGUGUAUGAGUUGUAUUGUAUAUCUUUGUUAUUUAUUUAUUUAUUUAUUUUUUGAGAUUUUGAUAAUAUAAAUUUAAAGUUGUUUGUUUGUAUGGGAAACCAAACAAGCCCUUAUCAGACUCCAAUUCUAUCACAGAGCCAAGGAAAAAGACAGACAAAGGUGACGAGAGAGAGACCCUCCUAUCUCAAAACUUUUUGAGUUUGCGGCUUUCGAGGCCAAUUGCUUGGCACUCUUUUCGUAUAAAAGAUGAGUACUUUGGAUGCCACCAGAGCUGAACUUGGUCUUGUAGUUCUGUACCUGAAUAAGGCUGAGGCCAGGGACAAGAUAUGCAGGGCCAUACAAUAUGGUUCAAAAUUCUUGAGUAAUGGACAACCUGGUACAGCGCAAAAUGUCGACAAAUCGACUAGCUUGGCAAGGAAAGUUUUCCGUCUUUUUAAGUUUGUCAAUGAUUUGCAUGCUCUUAUUAGUCCAACUCCUCAAGGAACUCCUCUUCCACUUAUUCUGCUUGGAAAGUCCAAAAAUGCGUUGCUAUCAACUUUUCUAUUUCUUGAUCAAAUUGUCUGGCUUGGUAGAUCAGGAAUCUAUAAGAACAAGGAACGUGCUGAGUUGAUUGGCCGGAUAUCUCUUUUCUGCUGGAUGGGGUCUUCAAUUUGCACCACUUUAUCGGAGCUUGGGGAGAUUGGAAGGCUUUCUGGGUCAAUGAAAAAGUUGGAGAAGGAUCUUAAGGGCAGUGAUAAAUAUGAAAAUGAGCAGUACCGUGCUAAACUCAAGAAAUCAAAUGAGAGAACACUGUCUCUGAUUAAAGCAUCCAUAGAUAUAGUGGUAGCUGCAGGGCUGCUUCAGUUGUCCCCAAAGAAAAUUACCCCACGAGUUACUGGAGCCUUCGGAUUCACCAGCUCUCUCAUCUCUUGUUAUCAGUUGCUUCCAUCACCAGCAGCAAAGUCCAAGGCAGCCUAGAGAGCCAUUCUAUUGUGCUGAAAGCUUCUACAGUCGUAAUAAUUAUUUAGUGUGAUACAAAAUCCAUGGCAAUGGAAAGCCUUUAAAUAAAGACUUGUGAAAUUGGGCUUUCAUUAUAUUCUGUUCCAUACUGCUCUUCUUACUGUAGCAAUAAUAAAUGUUGUUUCUGUGGUCAAUAGUAUUUAGUAAUUAGGUGGAGGAAAAGUACUCACUCAAUACUUGGGUAGUUUAUUCUAAUGGUAAAUGUAUGGGCCAAACCCAUUUCGAUUUUAUUACAGAUGAUUAAAUCCCGAGUAUGCUUUCGUUUGUGGAAUUUACAGAUCAAAGGCACAUGUUUCCUCAAAUUUAAUGUAAUUCAAUAUGCAAUUGCUCUA